CUAGGUUCCCCUCCCUCACUAGCUCCCUUCAGCUUCGCCCAAUUCUUUAGCUUGUACAGCAAGACAUCUUGCCCUAAAUCGUCAAGCCUUUUUCCAUGCACUGUACAGGCUGCUGAAGUCACGGGCUAUGCCCACAGUUUUAGGAGGUUUUCAAAGUACGUCGUCACAGGUAAACCGUCCCGGGAGACGACCUGCCGCUUUGUUCAUUACAGCCCCUAA